UUGCGCGCGACAGAAGCAUCUGCACAAUGAUCAGUGCGAGAAAUACCAAAUAAGACCUAAAAUCCGAAACGCCUAAAACCGUGGAGAAAAAAAAGCACAUUAGGAUACGAGCCUAUUGCAUGUAUUAUUUAUUUACCCCAAAUAUGACACAAUGCGUUGAGGAGGGAAGACAAAGAAAUGGAUCUGGAAAUAGGCGUGACAGAGUGCUUGCAUUAAUUUGCGUAAUGUAAAUGCUUUUUAUUUACAGCAAAUUGGUUUGACUGUCCAACAGUGCACGUGCAAACAUGAGUUCCGCUAUGCAGGAACAUGAACAAAGGGCGAGACUCAAGCACUUCCUGUCAGAGCUUGCAAUACUGGGUUCUUUACAGGGCUUCCAUUAUUUUCAGCCCUGGCUAAGGGGGAGAGAGGAACUUCUGCUGACUGUGGUCAAUGAUGACUUGAGAUGGCGUUCUCCUGGGUUCGCCGUGUCUGUGGCCUCCACCUUUACCAGCUCAACCUGCAGUAGCAGUUACAGUCUGGACAGUGACUAUGCCAGCUCACCUUUGGCAGGAGAAGGGCCACCUCCACAGUACAAACCAGAGACACCAGACGCCGCACAGCAACAAACUCCCAGCAGGAAUGUUGACUGUCAUCUUCUCCCAGCCUCACCCAGUGAGAGAGAGAUCGCUGUUCCUGAAAUUAACUGCACCCUGUUCCUGUUAGCCGGCUAUGCCAAGUAUGGGCAACCUUAUGCCUGGAUUCGAUCCAAUCAUGAGCGCCUAGUAAAUGUCGGAGGAACUGAUACGCUUGUCAAAGAUACACCAAUGAAGCUGAAGUCAAUCACAGACUGGGUUUCAACAUCCCAAGGAACCCAUGUAUGGGAUGUAGUAAGUGAGUUAGUGGGACUGUGCACUAUGCCGCCUCCCGACAACCCCUUCUCUUUGGACAUGCGCUACCUCCAAACCCUGUCCCUCCCAGAGCGCUUCCUGGUCACUGGGGCCCUCCUGAAUUUCCUGGAGAUGAUUGUGGUUCAGGGAAGCCGAGAGGAACCGUUCUAUGAUCUGGUUCUGGAAGAGUUGAAGCCACUGAGAAAACUUCAUUUCCAAAGCCUUUCUGAGGUCCAAAGAUUUCAAGGAAGCGACAGUACUCCAAGUCCUUUACCCACGAAAUAAAGAUAAAAAAUAAAUACAAAA